GGGUCGGUGAGGUUCGGGGCGUCGGUGUGGUGUACUUCACCACUCCUCCGGUGGGUUUACACAGAGUUAGUGCAAGAUAUUCUGCUCUGGGAGUGAGAGCGCACGGAUAAACGGCACAUACGCGCUGGCAUCGGUGUCACACUAAACAACCUUUCUAUGUAGGUUGGCAUUUCCAAGAGGGAUCGACUCUGAGCUUUCACGCCUCUGUUUUGCAUGAAUGCCUUCAUGAUCUUUUUUAACCUUGUGUCUGCGUUGGCUGAGUAUUGAUGGAGCUCCCCGAACUUGAAACAUGACGGGACAUGAGUGUCUUUGCUUGCGUUCACCUCGUCGGCGCCUUAACCUUAACAGGUAGCCGGGGAGGGGGGAAACGCCGGUUUUUUCGGGACGUGUAAGGGAGAUGAGCAUCGGUUUUGGGACCUGUUCUAAUGGAAGACCACACAAACCACUGACCACCUGGCUGCGUCUGCUGGAGGGCUACGCUGGUUACCGCAAUCACCACAGGUCGUACAAUUAGAUCCUGUCCAUUCCUGAAGUUAAAUUGGGAAAAAGGAACUGCGACAUAUGCAGCCUCUAAUUUACUCCAGUUUGUGCGACCAGCAGCUUUUACCCCAAAACGGUUCUUUACUCUGAUUUCUCCUGCGGGGCGAUUAUCUUUUUCUCCCUCAAAGCUAGAUCUGACUGAUCUUUAUCCGAAUAAGCUCGCAGGCACACUGGAUAAGAAGACUAUGAGCUGACACACUCCAGUUUUCCUCCUGCGCUGGAACGGAACAUUUUGGGUUUGUCUGUGGAAGAUUCCUGCCAUCACAUGCAAGGAGUCAUCACCUGUAACAACGCUGCAUAGAAAGAAACCUUUGAGUUGUGGAGGCUGGAAACACAUUUACAUUGUCAUGGAUGUAAAAUACUAUUACCUGUUGGGCGCCCUAUUUGCCUGCAUAUGGCUAGAUCCUUCACUAGCCCAAGAGCUAAUCUACCCCAUCAGAGAGGAGUUGCAGGAGAAUUUCCUCAUUGGAAAUAUACCAAAGGACCUAAACAUUUCUCAUACAAAUGCUGCCACUGGAGCAAGUGCUAAUCUCGUGUACCGGCUCGUCUCCAAAGCAGGAGAUAACCCACUGGUCCGCGUUCUGAGCAGCACUGGUGAGAUAUUCACAACAUCAAACCGAAUUGACAGGGAGAAGUUGUGCCCUGGUCCCUCAUCUGAGGACAGCGAGUGCUCCUUUGAAAUUGAAGUGGUCAUACUGCCUAAUGAUUAUUUCAGGCUUAUUAAGAUCAAAAUAAUUGUCAAAGACACAAAUGAUAAUGCCCCCAUGUUCCCGUCCCCUGUGAUCAACAUCUCCAUUCCUGAGAACACGCUCAUUAACAGCCGCUUUGCUAUUCCUUCUGCCACUGACCCAGACACUGGACCCAACAGUGUCCACAAAUAUGAGCUGAUAAAUGGGCAAAGUGCCUUUGGCUUAGACAUAGUAGAAACGCCUGAGGGGGAGAAGUGGCCCCAGCUCAUUGUGCAACAGAAUCUGGACAGAGAGCAGAAGGACACAUAUGUGAUGAAGAUCAAAGUGGAGGAUGGUGGCAGUCCACAGAAAUCCAGCACUGCUAUUCUCCAAGUUACAGUAACUGAUGUCAAUGAUAACAGACCAGUGUUUAAAGAGAGCCAGACAGAGGUGCACAUACCGGAGAACUCCCCUGUUGGCACAUCUGUUGUGCAGCUCCAGGCCACAGAUGCAGACAUAGGGGCAAAUGCAGAGAUACGCUAUGUAUUUGGAACUCAGGUCUCUCCUGCUACAAAAAGACUCUUUGCAUUAAAUACAACAUCUGGCCUAAUUACAGUGCAGAGGCCUUUGGAUAGAGAGGAGACUGCUAUCCAUAAGCUCUCUGUUUUAGCUAGUGAUGGCAGCUCUAGCCCUGCCAGAGCUACUGUUACCAUAAAUGUGACUGAUGUUAAUGACAAUCCACCUAAUAUAGACCUGAGAUACAUAAUCAGUCCCAUUAAUGGCACAGUCUUCCUCUCAGAGAAGGAUCCUAUCAAUACCAAGAUAGCUCUCAUCACGGUGUCAGACAAAGACACUGACAUCAAUGGCAAGGUCAUUUGUUUUAUAGAGAAGGAUGUGCCCUUCCAUCUCAAAGCAGUGUAUGACAACCAGUAUCUGUUGGAGACAUCUGCGCUGCUUGACUAUGAAGGGACCAAGGAGUACAACUUUAAAAUUGUAGCUUCUGACUCUGGAAAACCGAGUUUGAAUCAGACUGCAUUGGUGAGAGUGAGGCUGGAGGAUGAGAAUGACAACCCCCCAAUUUUUACUCAGCCAGUUAUUGAGCUGGCUGUGAUGGAAAACAACAAACGUGACCUGUUCCUUACUACUCUCAGUGCCACAGAUGAGGACAGCGGGAAAAAUGCAGAGAUAGUUUAUCAGCUGGGUCCAAACGCUUCAUUCUUCGAUCUCGACCGCAAAACAGGGGUCCUGACUGCAUCCAGGGUUUUUGACCGAGAGGAUCAGGAUAGGUUCCUCUUCACUGUAACAGCAAGAGAUAAUGGGACGCCGCCUCUGCAAACACAGGCAGCCAUUAUUGUUACUGUGCUGGAUGAAAAUGACAACAACCCAAAGUUCACACAUAAUCACUUUCAAUUCUUUGUGUCUGAGAACCUUCCUAAAUACAGCACCGUAGGGGUGAUAACUGUGACAGAUUCAGAUGCUGGAGAAAAUGCUGCAGUUUCUCUUUCCAUACUGAAUGACAAUGAGAACUUUAUAUUAGAUCCUUACUCUGGGGUGAUCAAAUCUAAUGUGUCAUUUGAUAGGGAGCAACAGAGCUCCUACACGUUUGAUGUGAGGGCCGUCGACAGUGGCAGGCCUCCUUGCUCCUCGGCUGCCAAGGUGACCAUCAAUGUCAUUGAUGUGAACGACAACACCCCAAUCGUCAUCUAUCCCCCCUCCAACACAUCUUUCAAGCUUGUCCCUCUCUCCUCCAUCCCAGGGUCUGUGGUGGCAGAAGUGUUUGCUGUAGAUGGCGACACAGGGAUGAAUGCAGAACUCAAAUAUACCAUUGUGAGUGGAAACAACAAGGGUCUGUUCAGAAUUGACCCUGUCACAGGGAAUAUUACUCUGGAGGAAAAACCAGCAGUGACUGACAUAGGCUUGCACAGAUUAGUGGUUAACAUCAGUGACCUGGGAUAUCCCAAAUCCCUCCAUACUCUGGUGCUGGUAUUUCUCUUUGUCAAUGACACUGUGGGCAACUCGACACUCAUUUACGAUCUCAUCCGACGCACCAUGGAGACCCCAAUUGACCGAAACAUUGGUGAAAGCAGCGAAACUUAUCAAAGUGGUGAUUAUCUAACCAUAAUGAUAGCCUUUGUUACCGGAGCCUUAGUGGUGAUUAUCGUCAUCUUUGUCACUGUGCUGCUGCGCUGCCGCCAUGCUUCCAGGUUCAAAGCUGCACAGAGGAAAAAACAGGGGGCCGAAUGGAUGUCACCCAACACAGAGAACAAGCAGAAUAAGAAGAAAAAGCGCAAGAAAAGGAAAUCCCCUAAAAGUUCCUUGUUCAACUUUGUCACCAUUGAGGGUAACAAACCUGACGAUCCUGCCCAUGAGCCAAUCAAUGGAACCAUCAGCCUGCCCACCGAGCUGGAGGAGCAAGGGAUUGGACGCUUUGAUUGGAAUGCCACACCUACCACUACCUUCAAACCUAGCAGCCCAGACCUGGCCCGGCACUACAAAUCCGCAUCGCCGCAGUCGGCCUUCCACCUCAAGGCUGACACACCGGUCUCAGUGAAGAAGCACCACGUGAUUCAGGAGCUCCCAUUGGAUAACACAUUUGUUGGAGGCUGUGACACCCUUUCCAAGAGGUCCUCCACGAGCUCCGACCACUUCAGUGCCUCAGAGUGCAGCUCCCAAGGAGGGUUCAAGACGAAGGGGCCCAUGCACACCAGACAACAGGGAACAUUAACUCGUGCCCGAACUGAACUGAACCCUGAAUAUCUGGACCUUCGUCCACGAGCUGAGCUGAACCCUGAAUAUUGGACCCCUUGCACCCCUUUAUCACAGCGGCGCGUCACGUUUCACCUGCCGGAUGGCUCUCAGGAGAGCUGCAGUGACAGUGGUCUGGGCGACCAUGAGCCUGUAAGCAGUGGCUCCCUCCUCACACAACCUCUCCCUCUGGUGCAGGCGCAGGACGACUUCUACGAGCAGGCCUCCCCUGAUAAGAGAACAGAAGCUGACGGCAACUCGGAUCCCAACUCUGAUGGCCCCUUGGGACCUCGUGGCCUAGUGGAAGCUACAGAGAUGUGCACGCAAGAGUGCCUAGUCCUGGGACAUUCAGACAACUGCUGGAUGCCCCCGACACUGGGAACAUAUCAACAGCCAAAGUCGCCUGUACCCAGCUUUGGGUCUCAGAGGGAGUGGGGUCCCAAAGACAAACUUCUCAAUGGACACACUCUGACCAGAACCUGGAAAAAUGAGAGUGGGCGGUCAGAGCAUUUUGGAGACAGGAAACAGUUUGGGAGUGGAGAGGGACACUUCACUAGUGGUGUGGCUGACAUUCCAUUGGUGAGUCUGAAGUCCUGCCAGCCAGCCUCCUGUCCAGACAGCCCAAAGGACCAGCAGCUAUAAGAAGGACUUUGUUUCUGUGCUGUAAGAUGUCCUAACGUCUGGACACAGUAAAAAGACAAAGCAACUCACCUGAGUUCCUCCUUUUUUUUUCUUUCUUGUUUAUUCUCUUCCUGCUUAAGUUGAUGCUUCUGCAGUGUGAUAGCCACAUGUCCUAUGUAGGCCACCGACUAUAGUGCUUCUGCUGUGUUCUCUACAAUUAAACUUUACUAUGGCUCUAGAAGAAAUCUCUUUUUUUAUGUACCUUCAUGGAUUUCUGCAACAUGCAGUAACAUUUUCUGUCCACUUCAUGUGUGAUUUGGACAAGCGGCAGCAGAACGUGUAAAAUGGAGAAAAAGAAAACAAAUUUCAAGAAAAAAAAACUACUAUGGCUGACCAAUAUAUCCAAAUAUUUGUGGUGUGGUUGUUAUUGAGUUGUUCAGGACUAUAUAUUCGACACAAUCAAAGAAUAUGGAAUUCCAUUUCAGAAAGUGUUGUUCUAAUAACACUGUUAGUGGACACUUGUUUAUUCUGUCAUUGUCUGUGUGUUUGUAAAUAAGACUUAUUAACCACUAUCAUGUAUCUGUAAUAACCACAGUGAAUAGGACAGUUAUUGGCUGUUGUCAUCAUAAUGGCUUGUCACCAGGAUCUGGGAUUGGGACUGGACAAAGACCUAUAAUGUGGCAUAAUAUACAACAAGAAAACAUUCACUUGAUUCUUUAAAAACCCUACGGUUGAUUUUAAAACAAUUCAGUCCCAUAAUAUACUCAAUGUUGCCCAUAUUUCAUAAUAUAUGUUUUUUUCAUUUAAUGCAAAGCCACAGGCAAACUGUUUUUUAAAAAUCAAAAACAUUUUGUAUGAAGGAUGUCAGUGCUCAAUAUGUGCAUUAUAGAAAUGAACGCCCUGAAAGCGCUCCUCUAUAAACUGAUUUGGAAAGUGUUCAGUACAGUUAAAUAGCAAUAUAUUUGUAAAUGGCUAAAUGUUUUAUCUAGUGUUGAUCUUAUUACUGUAUAGGUUUUAUUCAAAUUGUGAUUUAACUGAGUGCAAUCCCUCAGUAGUACCUGCAAUUUAUUGGCAUAUGUAUAUAUAUAUAUUAUUUCCGCACAGACUUAUUUUCCAUAUGUAAGAAAACACAGGUAAAGAUAACACUUUAAUCACUGUGCCUUCAUGACCUUUCUUCAAACACUGAAUUAUGUUUAUCUAAACGACGAGAACGUGGUGGCUACAAAGGAUACCGUCUGGUAAUCAAAUGCCUUAUGCAUUGAAUGUAUGCCAAAUUUAGAGACGUAAUCACAUAUAUAUUAAAGUACAAAAUCAAGCCGUUGCUACUGACAACAACACAAAGGCAUGUGAAAAGAAAUGGUCAGUCAAGAAAAGUCAUGUGUCAUUCCACUGUCUGAAAAGCUUUGUUUUAUUAUACAGCAUGGAAGGCAAAUUACACAAUGGAAAAGCAUGCUAAAAAGUUAUAAAUUUUAAAAGUAACUUGACAUUUUUGUGUCACUUUAUUUUGCUGGAAUAGAGUUGAUUUGUGCAUUAAGGAAAAGAUUCAGUUUGUAUAGCACUUUCAUAUUUAUGUCACAGUAUAAAGAAGUUAAGUGGGAUGGAGUGAUUUGCUUAUCGCAGUAUGUUUGUCAGUUGUGAGGGUGUUUGACAUCGCAGAUACUGAAACAGUUAAUCCUUGUUACUACUCUACAGGUAUACAGCUACUGCAAUAAAUGUUUUAAUUGUACGUUUAAUUUGUGUACAGGAUGAUCUUAUCAGGAGUUUUGUGUCUGUUUUGUGUAGAUUUUAGUCCACAUGAGCUAAUUUUCCUAAAUAACAAUGUACAAAAUCUUGUUGCAAAUAAGCCAGUAAAUUGUUUAAGCAUGGCACAGUUAUGAGCUACAACUGAAAUGUUCCUAAAUUUUGGAGUUAAGACUGUGGAUAUUUUCCAUUAUCUUAUAGUCACUGAAUUACAUUCAUACUCAUUGCC